AAAUGGUUUCGUCAAUGCUCUCAACAGUUGUUGCCACCACCGCUGCCGCCCAUGUUCAAGCUAGCAUGGUGGCUCCUUUCACUGAACUUAAAUCGACCUCUGCUUUCCCAGUCAACCAUAAAAACACCGACAUCACCUCACUCGCCAGCAACGGUGGCAGAGUUUCCUGCAUGCAGGUUUGGCCACCAAUUGGAAAGAAGAAAUUCGAGACUCUCUCAUACCUUCCUGAUCUCAGCAGAGAGCAAUUGCUCAAGGAAGUAGAGUACCUUCUUCGAUCGAAAUGGAUUCCCUGCCUCGAAUUCGAGUUGGAGCAUGGAUUCGUGUACCGUGAGAAUCACAGAUCACCUGGGUACUAUGACGGAAGAUACUGGGUGAUGUGGAAGCUGCCCAUGUUCGGGUGCACAGACGCCGUUCAAGUGUUGAACGAGUUGGACGCUUGUGUCAAGGAAUACUCCAAUGCAUUUGUUAGGAUUAUUGGAUUCGACAAUGUUCGCCAAGUGCAAUGCAUUAGUUUCAUUGCAUACAAGCCUAAAGGAUACUAGAUUUCAUCGAUCACUAUCUGAUCGAGAGUAAUUUGUUGCUCAAUGUUUUGUUUUCUUUCUAAUAAAUUUAUUCACAGUUUGCUUCUUUUGUUUUUCUGGUCUUCUCUUUCUCGAUGGAACUGAAACGUACAAGGAUAGAUACUUUAUAAACUACAUUUACUCCAGAGUUUCAA